AUGCCGAUUUACACCGUGUUUAUCAUAAACAGGUCCGGAGGCUUAAUCUACAGCGCCCAGUUUCAAGGCUCACAGGUGCAUCCUUUGAACGAGUGCCUUCGACUGGCCUCGACACUGCACAGCGUUCAGCAGAUCUCACGACAGGUUUCACCAGUUGAUAUUUUAGACGAUAUUGGACUAACAUCGUUAGAAGCGAAAACGUUUCGUCUGCGGCUUUAUCAGCCGCUAACGGGUAUACAGUUCGUGGCGAUUGCAACCCCGGAAGUCACGGAUGAAAUCUUACUGGGAAUUUUGCGGCGACUUCAUCUCCUCUACGCCGACUAUGCGUUAAAAAACCCUUUUUAUGUACAGGACAUGCCUAUUCGAUGCAAGCUAUUCGAUAUCCACUUCAUGAAACUGAUGAAACCGUAUAUCGCGAAUCCAGUAGAAUGA